GAGAGAAAAGAGAGUGCCGUAAGAAGAAAGGAAACAAGAUUAUCACCACUUUCACGCCCUCCCUCUCUAUAUAUCUUAGGAGAGUGGAGGUGGUGGGGGUAGAGUGAGAGACCAAAAAGAUACCAACAAAAAAUUGAAAGCUUCUUUCAUUGUAGGAUAAAAAGGGUGUUUCUUCACUCCUCAGAAACCACACCCCCAAUAUAUACAAGAGAAGAGAAGAUUUUCAAACAAAAGUCCAAAAUCCCAUCAAAGAGAGACACAAUUUAUAGGUCUGUUUUCUUCAUCUUUUUCCAGAUCAACCAGUAAAAUCCAACUUCUUCAUCAUAUAUUCUCUCUUUUCAUCUUUAUGUGAAAGAAAGAUGGCAUGAUUAUCAAACAACCCUAAAGCCAUCUUCAUUUCAUGCCUCUUUCUCCACCACAACACAUAUAAAUUUAAUUUCAACUUCUCUCCAAAUUAAUUUCCACACACAUAUUAUGUGUGACACCAACAACAAAGACAAUCAAGAAAACAUUUCUCAUGGCAUCCAUAUCUUAACUGAUAACAUUGAGGGUUUCCAAAUUCAGGACCAAAACCAAAAUCUCAACACUAUCCCUCAAAAUAUGCAGCACCAACACAACGUCACCACAGAUGCAUACAUAAAUGGAGCUGCCGCCGCCUACGCCGACGUCUCACACAUCCUACCGUGGACCCUCAACCCGGCCCAUGACCCUUUCCUCCUCCCGCCGCCGCCGCAGCAGGCAGCCUGCGCCGGCCUCUUCGGCAGAAGGCCGUCGUUCGGCUACGACGGAGACCACCACCUGAGGUUCCUCACUGAGUCGUUAGGGCAGGUGGUGCACCCCGGCGGCGGCGGCGCCCCCUUCGGCCUCCACGCUGAACUGCAGAAGAUGACGGCGCAGGAAAUCAUGGAUGCCAAGGCCCUCGCCGCGUCCAAGAGUCACAGCGAAGCUGAGAGAAGAAGAAGAGAGAGAAUCAACAACCAUCUUGCUAAGCUCCGAAGCUUGCUCCCUAGCACCACCAAAACAGACAAAGCCUCACUGCUGGCUGAAGUGAUCCAGCACGUGAAGGAACUGAAGCGGCAGACCUCCCUUAUAGCGGAGAGCAGCCCCGUCCCGACGGAAAGCGACGAGCUAACCGUGGAUAAGGAGGCGGACGAGGAGGGCAGAGCGGUGAUCAAGGCGUCCAUCUGCUGCGAGGACCGCUCUGAUCUCUUGCCGGAUCUCAUCAACACGUUGAAAGCCCUCCGCCUUCGGACGCUCAAAGCUGAGAUCACAACACUUGGUGGGAGAGUCAAGAAUGUGUUGUUCAUAACCGGAGAUGAUGAAUCCACCACUUGUGAUCACCACUCCAUCCAAGAUGCGCUUAAAGCAGUUAUGGAUAAAACUGCUGAAGACUCCGCUUCCGGGAGUGUCAAGAGGCAAAGAACCAAUAUCAAUAUCCUUCAACACAGGUCGCUUUGAAUUUCAGAUUUUAUUAUAUAUAUAUAUAUAUCUUUUUGUGUGGUGUUUGAUUUUAAAAAAAUUGUGUUUGUUCAUAUCCAUCGUGGAAGUUGAGAAAUGGAAACCUAACGUAGAAACGUAGAAUUUGAGGAGAUAUGCUGAUUUCUUUUCUACUCACUUUUCUCGGGUCUACAUGAAAUUAAUUCCCAUCACUCUAGCUAUAUUGGUCACAAAAUUGUUGAAUUAGGUUUUGAGAAAGUGACGUGUUUGUUCUCAUCCCCACCGCCACGUACGGUCUACUCCUCCGCCGCUGCCGCCGUGAGGGGAAGUCGUCGUUUGUGGGAAUGUAUAUAGGCCAAAUCAUUGGUAUAUUUCUUUUUUCUAUGUUGAAGCUUUUAUUUAAGUAUAUAGGUAUGUUGACUUGAGCUUGACCCUUGGCCGUGAGGGUGUUGUAAUCUAAAGUGCAAGAUUUUUGGUUGCACUACUAGUGAAAAAACCAUGAUUUUAUCUUCUUAA